CGGGGCCAGGCGCGGCGGGACGUGAGGGGCGAGCGGCGGGGCCCGGCGCGCAGCCCGGCGCCGGCACCAUGGAGGAGGACGACAGCUACGUUCCCAGUGACCUGACAGCAGAGGAGCGUCAGGAGCUGGAGAACAUCCGGCGGAGAAAGCAGGAGCUGCUGGCCGACAUUCAGAGGCUGAAGGAUGAGAUAGCAGACGUGGCUAAUGAAAUCGAAACCCUGGGAUCCACAGAAGAAAGGAAGAACAUGCAGAGGAACAAGCAGGUGGCCAUGGGCAGGAAGAAGUUUAACAUGGACCCUAAAAAGGGGAUCCAGUUCUUGAUAGAGAACGACCUGCUGAAGAACGCUUGCGAGGACCUCGCCCAGUUCUUGUACAAAGGGGAAGGCCUCAACAAGACAGCCAUUGGUGACUACCUGGGGGAGAGAGACGAGUUUAAUAUCCAGGUUCUUCAUGCGUUUGUGGAGUUACAUGAGUUCACUGACCUUAACCUUGUCCAAGCGUUACGGCAGUUCCUGUGGAGCUUCCGGCUGCCAGGAGAGGCCCAGAAGAUCGACCGGAUGAUGGAGGCGUUCGCCCAGCGAUACUGCCGGUGCAAUAACGGCGUGUUCCAGUCCACAGACACUUGUUACGUCCUCUCGUUCGCCAUCAUCAUGUUGAACACCAGCCUGCACAACCCCAACGUCAAAGACAAGCCCACCGUGGAGAGGUUCAUCGCCAUGAAUCGUGGCAUCAACGACGGAGGAGAUCUGCCCGAGGAGCUGCUCCGGAAUCUGUAUGAGAGCAUAAAAAACGAACCCUUUAAAAUCCCAGAAGACGACGGGAAUGACCUCACCCACACUUUCUUCAAUCCAGACCGAGAAGGCUGGCUGUUGAAACUCGGAGGUGGCAGGGUCAAGACUUGGAAAAGGCGCUGGUUUAUUCUGACCGACAACUGCCUUUACUACUUUGAAUACACAACGGAUAAGGAGCCCCGGGGAAUCAUCCCGUUAGAGAAUCUGAGUAUCCGGGAGGUGGAAGACUCCAAAAAACCAAACUGCUUCGAGCUCUACAUCCCCGACAACAAAGACCAAGUAAUCAAGGCCUGUAAGACCGAGGCCGAUGGGCGGGUGGUGGAAGGGAACCACACGGUCUACCGCAUCUCAGCCCCGACGCCCGAGGAGAAGGACGAGUGGAUUAAAUGCAUCAAAGCAGCCAUCAGCAGGGACCCUUUCUAUGAGAUGCUGGCGGCGCGGAAGAAGAAGGUCUCCUCCACGAAAAGACACUGAGCCUGCGCAGUGAGCGGCCCCCGGCGUGCGAGGCGUGCGAGGCCCUGGGCUCUGUCUCCCGUCCCCCCCACGGGCGGGGCCGGGCUGCCGAGCAGGGGCGUCACCUGCUGGGAGUCACCCCGGAUUCCUAGACACUGGCUUCAGCUCUCGCUGUCUGUUUUUAAGUGGGAGAGGGUAGGCGGUGGCACCGGCGGGGAGGGCGGGGAUGCCCGAGCGGCGGGGGGGUCUUGAGCCUUUCUCUCCGGAAAGAACAGAGCCCAGCCCGUCGGCAAACCCGCGCCCUUCAGGUCUCUCGCUCGGCAGGUCUGACAGCGGAGCUCGAAGCCAACUGGUUACCUCUCGGUUAUCUCCUUGUGAAGAAGCCUUCAACCCUGCACCGAAAAUACACGUGCCGAUAUAUUAGCAUAUGCUGAGAAAAAAGUGGAACGGAAGACAAGCCACGUACUAUAAAGAUAUAUUUUUGUGUUUUAAAAGAAAGAAAAAGUUAAAGUAGCGCCUUUGCACGGCGUUCUGCCCGGCGUGGUGGCCUCUCCGGGGCGGCAGGUCCCCGGGCACCUGGCGGGUGCCGCGGGGGCUCCGACCCGGCCGGGACUCCGUGCCCCGCGGCCUGCGGCGGCCCGCGUCUCCCUUCCAAGUGCCGGGGGCGCCGAGGGGAGGAGAGGGUCCCGGCCGCUCAUCUUCUCUCUUUCCAAAUCCUUCUUGUUGGGCUUUAAGAUGCAAGGUCAGCCUUUUCCUUGAGCUAAAUACCCAGUAACCAAAACUGUGAGGACGGUGACCCCAGCGAGGUUCCGGCUGAUCUGCUUCUGACUUGGUGGCUCCCCGUCCCCCAGACCUUCCUCCUCGUUUUAGAGGACGGGGGUCCUCCCUGAUCACCUUAGGUCUUCGGCUCCUCUGCCUCAAAGCCGGCCCCGCCCUGGGCGCAUAUUGGGGGGGGCCCCCGAGAGGCAGGUGGGGCGAGGGGUGACGAGGCCGGCCUCAACUGGAGCUGGCCUCGCCCCUCCUAACUUACGGUGUGAAGGGAGCCACGAAAGGCAGUCGUCCUGCUGUUCUCUCAGGGACUCUCGGGGCCGCUCCUGCCGCUCGUCCGGGCUGGAUGGCGCCUGGCCCGGGCCAUCCCGGCGCCCCCAAACGGCCGGGGACCAGGCGGUGCACGCGCUGCCUCACGGAAGAGGGGCUGGCGGUCUCCUCGGGCCGCGCCACCCCUGCUCCGCCGGCACCGUUCGGAGGAAAUCGCUUCCGUAAAAGGGCACGAAGGGGGUGCUGAGCGGGGUACCCUCUGGGGCCCCCCACUUCAUACAGGUCCUACCGGGGCUCGUGAGGGCGGCGGGGGGGGGGGGGGGGGCUGGGCUGGAUGCCUGCGGCCGGCCGGGUCCCGUGCCCCGGUUCUGGCAGAUAGCAGAGAGGCCCCUGCGUCAGUAUUCGUCUAUUUAUCAGAGGUGUACAUAAUCCGUGUAUAGUUUUUCUCCUUUUAGAUUAUUUUGUAUUUGUUUAAAAAAAAAGAAAAGUUUUGUCAAAAUAUAAAAUAUAAAGAAAUGACUGAAAGUUGUCCACAGGGUUUCAAAAAACUUAUAAUUAUUAUCCCAGUUGUCUUGCAUUUGUAUUUUUGUUUCUUUGUUUUGUUCUGUUUUGGUUUUUUUUGGCAUUGGAAACGAGCGCCAAGGAACCGCAGCGAAUAAACUCCACGUCUGCCCAAAGCA